CGGUUUAAACCCAAAACCGAAACUCCAGUACGGUUCUAUUUUGGCGGUACUGAUAAACCUUCCUUUCCUCUACUCUCCUCUCCCCAAUUGAAACAAACCAGCCAAACCCUUUCAAUUUCCAGCCCCUUCAACUCUCUCUCUCUCUCUCUCUCUCUCUCUCUCGCUCUAGAAAGAAAGAAGAGAUGGAAGAAGAGGGCAUUGGGUUGGUUCUGGGAAGAGCCACAGAGCUGAGAUUGAAGAUCAGCAACUGCAUCCACAAAGCAAAUCACCCACCACCCAAGAGAGAAAAUGGAAUCUACGCCGACGGCGAAGCAACAGACAAAGUAGCAGAAGAAAACGAAGAAGAGGAAGUGGAAGAGGAAGAGGCACAUAAGCUUUUCAACAUCUGCGACGCCCUUGAAUCCCUUGAGAACCAGCUCUCUUCCUUACAGGCUUUGCAACAGCAGCAAACGUAUGAAAGGGAAGUUGCCCUUUCUGAGAUUGAAAGCAGCCGCAAGAUGCUACUCGACAAACUUAAAGAGUACAAAGGGGAGGAAUUAGAAGUUUUACGUGAGGCUUCUGCUUUUGCGGGUGAAACAGUAGAGCACAACAAUGAUCUUUUGCUUCCUCCAUAUCCAAGCCGCUCUCCACACAUUCUUUCUGUAGAAAAUGGCUAUUUACCACCUGCACACAAGUCUCCACGAAAUGGGAUAACCUCUGGUGAUCCGACAAAUGAAGCGAAGAAGAAUUUGAGUGAGACAGAUAAGAUGCAAAGUGGAUCCAAAAACUCAAAGGGGUUGGGAUUUUUCUUAAGCACUGCAGCCAAGACCUUGCUUACUAUUGUUGGUGUGGCAUCUGUAUUAAGCCUGUCUGGUUUUGGGCCUAAACUUGUGAGAAGUAAUGCUAUUUUCAAAAUAUCCGGUCUUUCUCAGCAACCACAAACUAAAGAACAGAGAUCAACCAUUGAAUGCCCCCCCGGUAGAGUCCUUGUGGUGGAAGAUGGGAAGGGGCGAUGCGUUGUGAAAGAGAGAGUUGAAGUUCCCUUCUCUUCAGUUGUUGCAAGACCAGAUGUAAACUAUGGGUGCGGUUAAACGUUUCCUCCUUCCAUCUUUUUGUAUAUCUUGUUUCGUUGUCAUAAGCUGUAAUAGAGAUCUGAUCUCUAAUGAUCUGAGCUGUCCUAAUCUUUCACGAGUAGUGCUUCCUGAGCAUAGAAGUAGUUCAGGGUAUUUGGAGGGUGCUUGGUUCUGGCUGAACUUCUUUAAAAUGUACAGUGGAAAAUCUGCUGUUUUAAGAUCCAAUGAUUGCAGCGUCAAGUCUCGA